AAUUUCACGUUUAGCCGAAGCGCUGACUUGAAUUGCAGACGAAACGAACAGAAAACGGAAUAUUUUGCAUCUAUUUGUUUGUGGUGAAAUUAAUUGCAAAAUUAGAUAAUAAAUAAUUUUAUUAAUUCAACGAUUCACUUGAAUGCAUUUGAAAUUCAAGUAAGUGAAGUGAAAAGUGCAAAAUUUGUAUGAACAAAAACCUUCCGACUAUUCAAACGAAAAUUUGCAAAAUCUGUGUAGAGCAAAACCACCCACUCACUACUCACUGGGCGCAUAUUUAAUUCUGUUGCCGUUGCCCACCAUCAUUCACUCGCACCACUCUCAUCUCACCAACAUAGUUUUUUGAGCGCCGCAUCAACAUGCGAAGUCGCACAGAAUUGGUAACCACCACUUUCGAGGAUUCCGAGGAGGAUUAUAGCGAGGAUGAUGACUCUGAGGAGGAUUGGCGUCCAGCCGCCUCUUCUUCGACCAACAAAAAUGGUAAAAAGCAGAAGCAGACGCGUACGGCUGGCACCGCUGGUACAUGCAGCAGCAGCGGCGGCGGUGGCGGCGCCGGCGGAGGUGGAGGCAGCAGUGCUAAGCGUGGCCGGAAACGUAAAGGCGCUGCGAGCGUCGGUGGUAAACAGCAAACAGCGGCGACUAAACGAAAAGCGCCUGCUAACUACGAAGAAAGUGACGAUGAUGCUGAUGACGACGAUGCUGAGGUGGAUGAAGAGUUGAGUGAUGAAGAGUUGGACGAUUAUGAAGACUAUGAAGCGCAAGCAUCCACUGCGACUGGAGCAAAUGCUGGCGGACCAACUACUGCGGCCACCACAAAGAAAGGUAGCGCUAGUGACGGUAGUGCUGGUGGUGGUGGUGCAGGUGCUGCGAAUAAUUUGCCACCUAAGAAACAAUUCACAGAAAAAAGCACCACGGCAUCCGUCUCCGGCGCGGCGGCUGCCGGUACUUCUUCUUCAGUUGCUCAUCAUUCACUUGAGUUGUUGUUAUACAAGCGUGAUUUAAACGAGGAUUACUGCAAAAAUAAUCGACUUUGUUUGUGGCGUAAGGAUGCUAAUAAUUUAUUGCAGAAAUAUAUACGUGUGAAGACCGCACCAGAGGAGCUGCUCUUCACAUCCAGUUCAGUGUAUUCCAGUUGGGAUGACAAGCGUUUGUCCGAUUUUGUGACCAUCAAGGUGACAUGCUUGGAUCCAAAUAAUCGACGCGUAAAAAUUAUGGACACCACUGAGCUCAACAAAUUGGCCAAGGAGCAAGUAAAAAAGAACGAACUGCAGAAAUUGAAUAAACGGAAACACAAUGACGACGAUGACAGCGAAGAUGAUGAUGACAACGACGACGACGAUGAUGAGUUAGAUGACGAAGACGAUGAGUUGGAUUACGAUGAAGCAGUUGCGUCCAAAGCCAAAAAGGGAACUAGCAAAGUACUUCAAAAGAAAAUUACCACAAAACCCGGGAUGAAAUUGCUAAAACGAAACGAUAGCACUGACGAAAAUGACAAUGAAGAAGAAGAACUCGAUGAAGAAGACAUCGAUGACGAUGAGGAUGAUGGGGAGGACGAUGAUGAUGAGUAAAUUUGCGGAUCGCACCGAAAUAUAUGUAAUUAAAUGUAUUCGUAUCUAAUAAUUAUUAUCAGAUUUUAAUACUUAAUUAGUGAAAAUAGGAGCAAAGUUAUAAAAUACUCUGUAAUUUACUGAGUAAGUAAUUUUAAAAAACACAUUAAACUUAUAUUAAUAUGUUUAUGCUAGAGUCAGAGGUCGUAACUUUGACGCUCCGAGGUUUAAUCAGCCAAUCUACAGAACGAAUAAUAUAACGUAGUUGGAGUUCAAGUCAUUGGCGAAGAGCUUUCGCGAAACAAAAAUAUUGAGCGAAGCCUCAGCAUUAAAGAGCGAAAUAAAAUAUAUCAAAUAUAUUGCGAUUGAAGUUGGUUCGCGUAUUAUUUUGGUUUCCACUAACGCGCUGACAAACGUAAUAGAUUAUCGUUGUUUCGUAUAUUUGUCCUCGUGGUGAUUGGUCGGGAGAGAGAGCUCUGCCAGCAAAGGUAAGCAGUAGAAGAGCACGAAAGGCAGACGAAUGUAGAGAAUGCGUGGGUUACCGAAUGCGAAUAGGAAAUGAUUUUGUGAGUGAACGAAUUAUUCGUGUGGCACUUUGUUCGUCGAACGAGAACGCAUAAAUUAUAGAACUCGGAUGAGAGGCGAUUUAGGUGGCAUACGAAUCAUUCACGUGAUAGUUCAUUCGUCGAACAAGAACGCGUAAAUUAUAGAACUCGGAUGAGAGGCAAUUUAGUUGGCAUACGAAUCAUUCAUGUGACAGUUCAUUCGUCGAACAAGAACGCGUAAAUUAUAGAACUCGGAUGAGAGGCAAUUUAGUUGGCAUACGAAUCAUUCAUGUGACAGUUCAUUCGUCGAACAAGAACGCGUAAAUUAUAGAACUCGGAUGAGAGGUAAUUUAGUUGGCAUACGAAUCAUUCAUGUGACAGUUCAUUCGUCGAACAAGAACGCGUAAAUUAUAGAACUCGGAUGAGAGGCGAUUUAGUCGGCAUACGAACCAUUCAUCUGACAGUUUGUUCAUCGUAGAGAAUAAGGCCGCAAGAUGUUCUGUCUGAGUGCUCGUUGUGCAUAAGGCUGUAAGCUGUUUUAUCCGACUUGAGAUUUGACUAAGUCAGCCCAAUGAGCGAAAGAGGUCCAAUCUUUGACUACUAUGAGAUAUACAUACGAGUAAGUACAUACAGACAUACAUACAUAUAACGUGAGAAAGUUAAUUCAAGCCAAAUUCAAGUUUAAUAAAAACUCAUUUCCACAAAGGCAGGCAGUCACAAAAAGUAGAAGAGGCUCAAAUUUAGGCUAAGUUUGUAGGUUGACAUAAUUAAAAAAAAAUGCUCAAAAUUCGCAAAGUUAUAAAAAACAAGAGAAAACGGAAUGGUUACUUCAACUCAAAGAAUAUCAAUGAGAAUUCGAAUUAAAUUGACGUUCGUAAUUUACAAAAAACAAAAAAAAAAAAGGAAAUGAGAUAUAACUAGAAACCUUAACUACGUAGAGAAUUCAUUUUACAUCAUUUAUUUUAUUUCUGUUUGUUUGUGUAAGAAAAUCUGAAAUUUUGAAAAUGAUAUGAAAAUUAUUAGAUGUAUGGAAUAUUUAUAUUAUAAAAUUAUAUUAUAUACUGUAGUACAUGUGGAUGUGUCACAAGCCACGACGCGAAUAAGCUUUGUAAGAAUGUGCAUGUGCUUUUUGUAUAAGUAUGUGUAGCAAGAACCUUUGGACUUAAUUUUAAAAUUAACGAUUUUUGUAUUCAUAAAAGUAAUCAAACAUUUUUGAAGCCAAAAACGUCGGCGCACAGUGUAAGGGAGCUGGCCAAUAAAUAUAAUAAAAAGAAACAAUAAAAAUCGCUAUUCUAAUGAAUAUUUAAUUCCGAUUGAAAGAAAAUAUUCCAAAUAAAAGGUACCAACGAAUUUGGUCCCAAACACA